AUGGAGAAAAAGAGUGUGAUUAAGUUCAGCCACUGUGAGAAGGACAUCUUCUGUUUCUUCGUUCCAGAGAAAUGUCCAGAGUGUGGAGUGAGCUUCAGCAGUGGCAGGCUGGAGGAGGCUCCUAUCCGUAUCCCUAACCCUUUUUCUAACGGACACAAGACCCCAUGCUGCUUCCUGGUCGCACCUGCUGAGGAAAACAACCUCAGGGAGUUUGAUGGCGGCUCAGACCUACACACUGGGAUCACAGACACUAAUGGAGUGGUGUUCAACUACACUAAGCCAGGGGUCCGGCAGGACCAGCGAGGCUGGGAGAUGUGUAUCAGUAUUCCCCUUAUCCAACCAGACAUGUUUAACCUUCUCAACCAGUGGGACCAAUACCUCAACAAGUUCUCAGACGCCGAGAUGUGGGACCCAGCAUACAAAAGGUUUGACAAGGAGACGCACAACUGCUACAACUACACUCUGAUGUUUCUAAACCGUGUGCUAGCAGCACAGGGGAAAGGCUCUCUGACCAAAGACCAGUUCACUCAGAGCUUCGUCCUGCCCAAGAUCAAGAGAGCCUGUAAAUACACCACAAUGUGCAGGGAGAUAUCACAGAACUACUUCUAUAUAGUGGACAGUCCUGUUAAUACUUCAUAGUAAA